AUGAGUGGUCCUGCAAACAUGUAUCCUGGAUUGAACGAUAUCCAUGAUACAUUAGAAGAGAUACCUGUUGAAACUUCUCGGUAUUUAACUUUAUUACAUGAGAUUGAAGCCAAGUGUAUCAACAAUUUACCUAUUCUUUAUGAGAUCAUCGAUAAGUUGACGAAUCCUGAUCUUUCAUCGGAAUCUAAUGGAGAUAUAGAGUUGUUGAUACAAAACAAUAGACUUUUAGAAGAUAAUAUGGGAUCCUUGGAAGAGAAGAUGCAUGUCUCUGCGAUCCUUGCCCGGACAUUAGAACGUUUAAUAGAACGUUUAGAAUUAGGUUAUGAAGUAGCCAUCAAGAAUGACGAAAUUCCUUGGGAGGUCCGUAACGGCCCAGGCGAUACAGAACACCCUUCAAUGCAUUUACAUCAUGAGUUAAUUGCUAAGGCUUUAAGCGGUUCGGGCCCUGCUACAGCCACUCAAGGUGCUGAAACACGUGGCCGUGAACAUCACACCACAACAACCACUGGUGGUGGUGCCAAUACCAAUGCCAAUGCCACCACUAGCAAUACAGCAAAUGCUGAUGCAGCUACAAGUUCUUCCAAUACCUCUACAUCUGCACCAGGCCGCCGAGCUACAAAGCGUCGCAAAGUACGCGCCACAAAUUCAGGUCCCGGUACAAACACAACUACAAAUGCAAAUUCCAACCUAAACACAUCUACUACUGCCAAUAGUAAUGCCAAUGGUGCGACAACUACCGCGGCUGCAAAUUCGGGAGCAAACACAAACGCAACUACAGGCACAAACCCAAAUCUAAAUUCUGUAUCACUGGAUCCAAACACACAAAUGACAGUACAGAACAUGGGCACUGUAAAUACACCUCUAGGUACUACUCCACUUGCCAAUACCACGACUACUACGGCCACUACUACCACCGCUACUACGACCACUUCCAACUCUACUACCACAGCUACAGAACAUCCACGCGUCAACGAAUAUGGUGAACCCCUGUACUGUUAUUGUCAACAAGUAGCUUACGGUGAAAUGGUCGGAUGUGAUGGUGCCAACUGUGCCCUGGAAUGGUUCCAUCUGCCGUGCAUUGGACUGGACACUCUGCCUCGAGGCAAAUGGUAUUGUCACGACUGUCAACAGCGUCGGCGUAAGAAGCAUUGA